ACGCUUAAAAACAGGUAGGGAGUAUACAUAUUAUACAGAGAUCAGAAAGUAUCGAUGGAUCAAAUUGCGGUUUUCUACCGUUUGGUAGUAACGAUAACGUGUUUCGUGUGUUUAGGGUUUAAUGGUGGUAUGUGUUCAGAGUCAGAUGCCUUGAUCAAGACUUACGUGUCAUCAUCGCUACCGUCUAACGGUGACUUGGUCCAUUCCGCCCAGCUUAAGGUACACAAGAUCUCUGAAUCGGAAUGGGAUUCACUUGUAAUCAAGUCCGAACUCCCAGUCAUGGUUAUGUUCACAGCCAACUGGUGCGGUCCAUGCCGCCUAAUCGCACCUAAAUAUAUCGCAUUCGACUUGGAAUUCACGGGCCGGUUCAAAUUAUACACCGUUGACAUCGACGAGGAGCAGGUCAUGGCAGAACGUUACGGCAUACGCGCAAUGCCAACCAGUAUUGUCUUCAUAGGCGGAGAGAAGGUGGCUAUGGUAGUUGGAGCUAAUCCUAGUGCAUUACAUGCAGUCUUGGAGAAAUACGCUUAAUGAUGUCCCUUGGCUCGUCUCGAAUCCUUUUAUUCAUAUUUGCUGCUUUUCUUCGGUCAAACCUUUGCUUAUGUGCACGGCUACUAUGUUAUCGACUUGCUACUUGUCUCCUUAUUUUUCCUUAAUAAUAAAUUAACUAUGUCCUAAUUACUAAAAUAAA